CACGAGAAGCGGAAGCCCCACAAGUAGUCUCUGUUGUGGCUUUGGCCCUCUCUCUCUCUCUCUCUCUCUCUCUUAGGGGGGACUGAAUCAGAAUCAUACUUCCAAACCCACUUUCUUCUCUUCCUCCUCUCUCUCUCUCUGCCGUUUCGCUCCUUCUCUCCCCAGCCCCAGAUCCAGCUGAUUUUGGAGGGGCUGAAGGAGAUGAAGCUUAGGGUGUGCCAAGUUUAGCUUCUUUAGGUUUUCUGUUGAAACAAUUGUCUGGACACGCCGUUUACCUCUUCCACCCAUACUUUUCAAACUUAACCUGCCUGCUACUGGAGACUUCCCUUUGUUAUGUUGACCUAGGAAGGUUUGGUGUGUUACAGUGUAAGAAAAAACGAGUCUUUUGACUUUGUUAUUUGUGUUUCCCAUUUUGGAGAAGCAUAAAUCUUAGAUCUUGAGGGGUAUCUUCUGGUUCUUUGGAAUUCAAAUUUUCGUAUGGCUGUUGCCAAGAGCAACAGUAAUACUGAAUCACCACUUUGCCCAUGCAAUUGCUAUAAAGUUGCUAACUUGGCUGAAACCAUCUUGGAUGCGAGUCAGUCUGGUCACCUUAAAGACCGGUAUGUUCUUGGAGGGCAAUUAGGCUGGGGACAGUUUGGAGUAAUCAGGGUCUGCUCUGAUAAAUUCACUGGAGAGGUAUUGGCCUGCAAGUCGAUUGCUAAAAAUAGAUUGGUCUCUCAGGAAGAUGUGCGGAGUAUCAAGCUUGAAAUUGAGAUAAUGACUAGGCUUUAUGGGCAUCCUAAUGUUGUGGAUCUCAAGGCAGUUUACGAGGAGGAAGAUUAUGUGCAUCUAGUAAUGGAGCUUUGUGCUGGGGGAGAGCUUUUUCACCAGUUAGAGAAGCAUGGGAGAUUUUCCGAGACUGAGGCCAGGGUUGUUUUCAGGCACCUGAUGCAAGUUGUAAUGUACUGUCAUGACAAAGGCAUUGUUCAUAGAGACUUAAAACCGGAAAACAUUCUCUUAGCUACAAAAGCCUCUUCUUCUCCCAUAAAAUUAGCUGAUUUUGGUCUCGCAACGUAUAUCAGACCAGGAGAGAGUUUGCGUGGUACUGUUGGUAGUCCGUUCUAUAUAGCUCCUGAGGUGUUGGCAGGAGGUUAUAAUCAAGCGGCUGAUAUCUGGAGUGCUGGUGUUAUUCUUUACAUUCUCCUUAGUGGGAUACCACCGUUCUGGGGGAAGACAAAAUCACAAAUAUUUGAUGCUGUUAGGGCUGCUGAUCUACGAUUUCCUUGUGAUCCCUGGGAUUCUAUUUCUUAUUCAGCAAAAGAGUUGAUCAAGGGAAUGCUCUGUACUGAUCCUUGUCACAGGCUUACAGCUCAGCAAAUUCUUGAUCAUACUUGGGUAAGGGACAAAUUUCGACUUCUUGAAGAGCCAUGUGCACAGGAUAAAAGUAUUACUGGCUGUUCAAACGAAGGCAUUUUCUGUUCCUCAUUUAUGGGCAGGGAACAAGACAUUAGCUUUGGCGCAGGGUCAGCUGUUGCAUGUGAUGCCCAGUCGUCACCUGCAUUCACAUGCCGGUCAUCAUUUUCUUCCUUCCUGGCAGGACCUUCGACUCCUUACUUUGAGUCAGGUGGGUUUUCUUUCCAAAGUGGUGGAUCAAACACCCAAGAAUUUUCUACUCCCGUUUCCUCAAUGCCAAGUUUUGCAUUCUUCAGUCCAAGUCCUAGUAUUGACCAAGGUCGCUGUGAGUUGACAAAUCCAUCUAAGGAAGAUUUAAUUCGCAAAGAGAGUGGUGUAGGGAAGCUGUUUAUGAUGGCGGAUACUUGUGUAUGCUACGAGCAAGUGGCAGCUGGAGGGUUAGAGCGUAAAGCAUUAGAGGUUAAAAAGGGUGGAUCGAAUGUAGUAUCUAGAAUGGCGGGCAUCCACAGCCACAGCCACAGCCGGAGGAACCAUACAAUAGGGCUAGGUGAACUUGAGCAACUUGAUCUUAUGGUGACUGAAUCAGUUAUUCGUUGGGCAUCAUGCACAUGUCUCCCAACUGCGACUUCGCUUAGGUCUUCACUCGUUUGUUGAAAGUAUAGUAUAGUGUGUUUGUUGGGUAGUCUGUGCUGAAACUGUUUGUAUUUUCACUUGAAAGCAAUGAGCUCCGUCCUAUAACUAAGAUUGAGUGGUGUACAAGGCCUAUUCAUUGAUUUUCCAAUACAGUUUUAGGUGUCAGUAGUAACUAGUAAGCCAAGCCAAGCCAAACUGUUUGAUAGAGACAGAAAUGCUGCUGCCAUUACAUUGCAGCUUUGCCACGUGUAUAAAGUUCAGUUGGUUUUU